GUGUUCCUAUUCGCUACCAGCCACCGAUCCAAUUAUCUGUAAUCCAAACCUACCAGAGUGGCCAUCAUCAUUGACACACUCACCUGGUAUUUUACCACCCUUCACAAGUUCUAUUUUGUUCCUUCUGGGAUAUGGCCUUGUAGCCUCAAGGGCUACUUCCAAUCUUGGUUAUCUUCAGCUAGUCUGCCAGGUAGUUUUACAAAGAGGAACUCAUGCUGGCCCAGGUUACCCUAUAACUUCCAGAUUGCGGAUUUCGUAUAUGGCUUGUAGUCAUAGUACUUCUAAUUUCAGUAUUUGGUGUUUCUUGUCAAUUUCUG